AUGCUUCUGCCCAUUUCUUUUUUCUUUCAUAUUUUCUUCAUGAUUGUUGCUCUAACUCAGCUCCUGACAGGAAUUGUUGGAAAUCUAUUGAUCAUGAUAGUCAAUUGUAAGGCUUGGAUCAAAAGUAGAAAACUUUCCUCCUUUGAUAGGAUCCUGUCUAGUCUCUCCAUCACCAGAUGCAUAAGUCUGAGUCUAAUGUUCCUGCAUUUAAUUUUCAGCUUAAUUUUUCCAAAGAGCAAAUACCCUGAGCUUAUGGCCUUGAUUAUUUUGAACUCUUGGUUAUUCUUGGAUUCCUGCAGCCUCUGGAUUGUGACCUUGCUCAACAUCUUUUAUUGUGUGAAGAUUGCCAACCUCAACCAUUUAUUGUUUCUCUGGAUAAAGCGAAAUCUAUCCUUGAAGACACCCUGGCCAUUGCUAGCAUGUCUACUGGUUCCCAUCAUUUCAAAUUUCCUACAAAUUUUGCUCAACAAAAUCUUUCAGUUAGUUCAUCCCACUCAGGAGAAUGUGAGAAACAGCACCAUGGUCAACAUCAAUGGCUCCAUCUUCCUUUUGAUGGCUCCUGUAAUACUGAGCUUCAGCCUCCCGUUCAUCAUCAAUUUGGUUUCCUGUUCCCUGUUAAUCUCUUCCCUGAGGAAGCACAUGCUGGAGAUGCAGAAAAAUGCCACCAGCUUUUGGAACCCUCAGACCAAAGCUCAUGUAGGUGCUAUGAAAGUUAUGAUAUAUUUCCUCAUUCUCUAUGUUCCUUACUCCAUUGCUCAACUGGUUAUCUUUCUCCCUUCCUUUGGGAUUAGAAAUAAUUGGAUCAGAAGCAUAUUGAUAAUAGUCAAUUGUACUUACUCUCCAGGACAUACUAUUUUCAUUAUCCUAUUGCAUCCUAAACUCAAAGCAAGAAUAAAGAGCAUUCUAUGGUGCAAUUGA